GCUCACAUGUUAUUUCCGGACAGAAACGGAAGUGCCAUACUUUUGUUCAAGAUGUCUUGCCGAUCGUGAUAAGAUUGACCAAGUAAUCAAGAUUGUGAUAUGACAUAUCGAAAAUGUCGAAUCAAAGCGAGUUAGUGAAAUUAAGUGAAGAAACACUUGCCCGCCAGCCAGAUGAAGUGUUUGAUCUUAUUUGUAAAAUUGGAAGGGGGUCCUAUGGCAGUGUAUUCAAGUCCCUGCACAAGGAGUCGGGCCAGGUCCUCGCUAUCAAGCAGGUCCCGGUGGACACCGACCUCCAGGAGAUCAUCAAGGAGAUCUCCAUCAUGCAGCAGUGCGACAGCCCCUUCAUUGUCAAGUACUAUGGCAGCUACUUCAAAAACACAGACCUAUGGAUCGUCAUGGAGUACUGUGGAGCAGGGUCUGUUUCCGACAUAAUGAGGUUACGGAAUAAAACUCUGAACGAGGAGGAGAUAGCCACCAUCCUGGAGUACACUCUGAAGGGCCUGGAGUACCUGCACUCCCGCAGGAAGAUACAUCGAGACAUCAAGGCCGGCAACAUCCUGCUCAACACAGAGGGCCAUGCUAAACUGGCUGACUUCGGGGUAGCCGGACAACUCACAGACACAAUGGCCAAAAGGAACACUGUGAUUGGGACACCCUAUUGGAUGGCACCGGAGGUGAUACAGGAGAUAGGUUAUGACUGUGUAGCAGAUAUAUGGAGUUUAGGUAUCACUGCCCUGGAGAUGGCCGAGGGGAAGCCCCCAUACGGAGACAUUCACCCAAUGAGGGCGAUCUUCAUGAUACCCACCAAGCCACCGCCAUCCUUCAGGAACCCAGACAAAUGGAGCCCUGAGUUUAUUGACUUUGUCUCAAAGUGUCUAGUGAAAAAUCCUGAAACCAGAAUCACAGCAUCAGAACUUUUACAGCAUGAUUUCAUCAAGCAGUCCAAGUCUUGUGAGGUUCUACAGAAGAUGAUUCAGGAAGCCAAGGAGAUACAAGAUGCUCAUUCCAUGGUGACGCUCAAUGGGGAUGAUUCAGGGGAUGAGGAUGAAACAGAUGGAACGAUGGUGAAGAAGACCGAGGAUGUUGAUGGAACCAUGAAGGCUCAGAGAGAAACUGACACACUAGUCCCUGGCAGCAACAGCGGCACGGUGGUCGUCAACAGCGAGGCCAACACGUUACAGUCAGAGCUUGGCACCAUGGUCAUCAACGAAGAUACCGAGGAUGACGAUGGAACAAUGAAGAGACAUGAUACAGCAACUGCGGGGAAGGAGAAGUACCGUCCAGCGUAUCUCGACCAUUUUGAGAGGAAGGAGCAAGAGGAGAGACAGCGCUCCACCCCCCAGCCAACGUCUGCCCCACAACCUCACCUACAACCCGCCCAGCCAAAACAGAUCACCCCACCACACCACUUCCAAAGAUCAUUCAUGGACGGAGACUUUGAGUUUCUACGAAACCUUGCAUAUGAAGAACUGGAAGCCCGCCUAGCUGACCUUGACCCUGAGAUGGAGAGAGAAAUUGACGAGCUCCGCGCGCGCUACCAGGCUAAACGACAGCCUAUAUUAGAAGCUAUUGAUGCCAAGAAGAAGAGGCAACAAGUCAUCUAACCUAUGGUCAUAUCGAAUAAGUAUCUCUGGGAAAUGUGUGACUGGCAAUGUACAUAGCUAUGGGAACUUUUUGAUCUGAUAAACUGAACUCUUCAUGAUAUCUUUGUUUACCGUCUUUUCUCUAUUUAUCUUCAUAGUUGUAGCAGUAACUUUAUCUUUGGAAUCGGAUGUAUUGGUGAAUGGGCAUUUUACUUGUCGCAGGUGUAUACAAAAUAGUAACUGCAAUGUUUGUUGAUUGCACUGAUUUGAAGCGUGCUGGGACUGUGUGGGAAGUCUUCCUUAUUCAGAAACACCAAUACACACAUGUUAAAGUUCAAUUACCCUGACGAGACAUAAAGGGCCAAUGACCAUGCAACUUCUUCAAAUCAUGGCAGAAAGUAAUUAAUCUUUUCUCAAUGUACAGUCCCUUUUCCGCUAUUUUUGUCUCAUUAUGGAGACUGCCUCUGAUCUUUGUGAUGUCAGCAUUAUGAUGUGAUAAAGAUGCUGCAGUGUCUGCAAGUCCCACAGCAUAGUGGACCCUGUGAGAAAGAUCAUACUGUAUGAAGUAUUAAAGAGCUCAGAAUCUCAAAGUCACUCUUAGCCAAUUGAUUCAUAUUAUUGUUUCUUAUUCACAAAAAUCAUGCAUUUUCAUUAAUUCAAUACAAUACCACAUAUAUGUUUUUGUACUUGCUUUAGACUUUUUACUGGUAGGUUCUAAAAUGCAGGAAGAUCACAAAGUAUAAAAUUUGAAAAAAUCAAUUCAGAUUUCUUUGAGAAUUUUUUCAUCCUCUACAAGUAAGUUGGAAGAAAAGAGAAGAUUCAGGUUUCUGCACAAAAAGGUACAGUUUAUUCGGGUUUUGUUAUUAAAUAUUGAUCUACUAAACUUUUCUUGUUCAGAAAGAAUUUCUGAGUGCAGUACGCAGUUGGCUUGUCAAUGGGAUUAAAGGGGGAAAAUUCAGGAGAAAAUAUUUCCUUUUCAGAAAAGUUUACAAUCAAAGGAUACAUAAGCAAAUUUAAAACAGUGUGGUCUGACAUUUUCAGUUGAUAACCUUGCUUCAUCAAUGUUUCUAUGUACAUAUUUACAUGACACUUAUACUCUGUAAGUGUAUGUUUACUGAUCGGAUCAGAAAGUUCCCGCUUGAUCUGAAGUGUAUGUGUGGUGUCCUACACAGAGAUAAAUCAUGGUCCUUAUUUUCAGAACAAAAUUGUAUGUAUUUAUUAUGAACGGACAGCUGUCAGAUGGGCUGUACCAGGUGUGUCUUUGUUACUGACCCUUGUACCCUCUCGUAUCAUGUAUCAUCUGAUGUACCACCCACUCACGUACCCUGUAGUGCUGGCUGGAACAGUGCACCCAGUCAUAAUGUUAUAUCUAUAAUGGUACUUACUUCAUGAUACAAAGCACGAGUUCUGGUGCUUUGUUCUUGAUGCCGUUCAAAUCCUAGUACUUAUUGUAUCUCUAUUCCCUUCAUGAUACAUGAUACAAAUGAUACAUUUGGUGUCAUGGUACCUUUUUUCGUAAUAUACUACUCAAAGGAGUUAAAGAACAUGCUUUUCUUCAACAGUUUUGAGUAGUGUAUAAUCCAAGUUGCAAUGAAAAAGCCGUUGCAUUUAAAGAAGAUCUUGUUGAUUAAAGACAACACAAUAAUGAUCAGAUUGAAUGUUAUACAUAAUAAGUAUGAUGCUAUUUAUGAUACAAUGUUGAUCAGUACUAGAUUAUGGAACAUUUGAUGUGGAGAUACAUUUAACAGUUUCCUGAAACUUGAACAUUGAUUCCGAUUGAACAUGAUGAGGAUAUAUUGUGUAUGAUGUCGCUGAUAUCAAGGGUGUCGUUUCAGCCACUGUAACCUCGAGGUAUUACUCAUUGGGUCUGACCACUCUCAUCUCUAACAAUGUGCAAUCUUAGUUGUAGAUUGAAAUCAAUUUGAUCAUUAAGAAUAUGUUAUUAAUCGUUUUACAGGUUGGCAGGUCCCAGAGGAUCUGAUUAAAACCAGAAUUUAAUGUUCAUUUCAGUUUUUCAUUUCAUGUCCCUAUGUUUCCCAAUACAUGUUUAUGUACAAAAUGCUACACUAAUCUCUCUGUACUUAAUAACUAUGUGAUCCCAGAACGCAGCAUUACAAGUCAGUGCUGUAUGGCCAUAAGUAUCUGUUUAAUCAUUUCAUCAUGUCACAAUGUAUCAUUUACACAACAAAAUGUUUAUUACAGCAGGCUUUGUUAUAUGUGAUGUAAAGUUUACAGAAGCAGACCUUGGUAUGACAAUGUUUUAGAAAGUCUGGCUCCACAGUGACCUAUCAACAGUUUUGGCUUCUCAGUGAGUCUUCUGAGUGAAUGGUUUGGCUCUGCAUUGAGGUGCCAGUGCCCGACUACGGCUCCACAGUGAGUUGUCAGAGUCAACAGUUUGGCUCCUCUGAGAGUUUGCUGUGUCCACAGUGCCCAUGAUCUGGCUUCACAGUGGGGGUACCUGUGCCCAUGGUCUGGCUCCACAAUGGAGGCACCUGUGCCCAUGAUCUGGCUCCACGAUGGAGGCACCUGUGCCCAUGGUCUGACUCCACAGUGAGGGCACCUGUGCCCUUGAUCUGGCUUCAUAGUGGGGGUACCUGUGCCCAUGGUCUGGCUCCACAAUGGAGGCACCUGUGCCCAUGAUCUGGCUCCACGAUGGAGGCACCUGUGCCCAUGGUCUGGCUCCACAAUGGAGGCACCUGUGCCCAUGGUCUGACUCCACAGUGAGGGCACCUGUGCCCAUGCUCUGGCUCCACAAUGGAGGCACCUGUGCCCAUGGUCUGACUCCACAGUGAGGGCACCUGUGCGCAUGGUCUGGCUCCACAAUGGAGGCACCUGUGCCCAUGGUCUGACUCCACAGUGAGGGCACCUGUGCCCAUGGUCUGGCUCCAUAAUGGAGGCACCUGUACCCAUGGUCUGGCUCCACAAUGGAGGCACCUGUGCCCAUGGUCUGACUCCACAGUGAGGGCACCUGUGCCCAUGGUCUGGCUCCACAAUGGAGGUGCCUGUGCCCAUGGUCUGACUCCACAGUGAGGGCACCUGUGCCCAUGGUCUGACUCUACAGUGAGGGCACCUGUGCCCAUGGUCUGACUCCACAGUGAGGGCACCUGUGCCCAUGGUCUGGCUCCACAAUGGAGGUGCCUGUGCCCAUGGUCUGACUCCACAGUGAGGGCACCUGUGCCCAUGGUCUGACUCCAC